CUGUACACAUGUCACUGUGCAGCUAGUCUGGAGUGACACUGUACACAUGUGCAGCUAGUCUGGAGUGACACUGUACACAUGUGCAGCUAGCUAGUCUGGAGUGACACUGUACACAUGUGCAGCUAGUCUGGAGUGACACUGUACACAUGUGCAGCUAGUCUGGAGUGACACUGUACACAUGUGCAGCUAGUCUGGAGUGACACUGUACACAUGUGCAGCUAGUCUAGAGUGACACUGUACACAUGUGCAGCUAGCUAGUCUGGAGUGACACUGUACACAUGUGCAGCUAGUCUGGAGUGACACUGUACACAUGUGCAGCUAGUCUGGAGUGACACUGUACACAUGUGCAGCUAGUCUGGAGUGACACUGUACACAUGUGCAGCUAGUCUGGAGUGACACUGUACACAUGUGCAUUAAACACAGUUUUCCCAGAGCGAGACAUAAAUAUUUAAUCAUUUGUCCCUGAACAGGACAUGCUCACUCGUUAAAUCCUACAUAACUUUGGAUUUAACCAUGUGUGAUUGCAUUUUGCUGAUAAGACAGACUGUAGGUCGUUAAUCAUGUAAUGAAGAUCUUAUAAUCUUACACAUUGUGUAAUAAUGUAGAUUCUUUUAUUUUCAUUUUCGGAUGUGAAAUUUUGUGGAUUAAUAAAAUCUUGGCAUUGUCGUUUGAUAUUAAAUUUGUCCAAAUAUACACAAUUAACAAUGGUAUGGGGUCUUUGCCAGAUAUUUAAUGGAUAAGAUUCCUGCAUAUUUUAGUUUAAAUGAAAACUCCUCUUCCCAUCAUGAGCAGCACAAAAUCACAUAGGUAAUUAGGUGGGAAACAACACUAUGGUCCCCAUGAGUAAGCUGGAAAACAAGACUAUGGACUCCAUGGGUAAGCUGGGAAACAAGACUAUGGUCCCCAUGGGUAAGUUGGGAAACAAGACUAUGGUCCCCAUGGGUAAGCUGGAAAACAAGACUAUGGUCCCCAUGGUUAAGCUGGGAAACAAGACUAUGGUCCCCAUGGGUGAGUUGGGAAACAAGACUAUGGUCCCCAUGGGUAAGUUGGGAAACAAGACUAUGGUUCCCAUGGGUAAGCUGGAAAACAAGACUAUGGUCUCCAUGGGUAAGCUGGGAAACAAGACUAUGGUCCCCAUGGGUAAGCUGGAAAACAAGACUAUGGUCUCCAUGGGUAAGCUGGAAAACAAGACUAUGGUCCCCAUGGGUAAGCUGGAAAACAAGACUAUGGUCUCCAUGGGUAAGCUGGGAAACAAGACUAUGGUCCCCAUGGGUAAGUUGGGAAACAAGACUAUGGUCCCCAUGGGUAAGUUGGGAAACAAGACUAUGGUCCCCAUGGGUAAGCUGGAAAACAAGACUAUGGUCUCCAUGGGUAAGCUGGGAAACAAGACUAUGGUCCCCAUGGGUAAGUUGGGAAACAAGACUAUGGUCCCCAUGGGUAAGUUGGGAAACAAGACUAUGGUCCCCAUGGGUAAGCUGGUAAACAAGACUAUGGUCCCCAUGGUUAAGUUGGGAAACAAGACAAUGGUCCCCAUGGGUAAGCUGGGAAACAAGACUAUGGUCCCCAUGGGUAAGCUGGGAAACAAGGCUAUCAUCCCCAUGGGUAAGCUGGGAAACAAGACUAUGGUCCCCAUGGGUAAGUUUAGAAACAAGACUAUGGCCCCCAUGGGUAAGGUGGGAAACAAGACUAUGGUCCCCAUGGGUAAGUUGGGAAACAAGACUAUGGCCCCCAUGGGUAAGGUGGGAAACAACACUAUGGCCCCCAUGCCAAAUAUAAAAUAGAGUAAACUUUAAUAGAAGUAUCUGAUGAGCACGCUGACAGUUUGGGCUAAUUUGUCUAGACUUGUCUUAAACAAUGGAUUUUCAGAUCAAGGCCAAAAGAUUUCACGUGAAAGUGCUGUGGGUUUAUAAUGCAUCUCUCCUAUGACAAAUAUCUUGUUUCCCAUAACACUUUUUUUUUCAAACCUCUUUCAACAUUUAAGAUCCAUACCCAGAUAUACAUAUAACUUUUACAAUGUAGGUUAAAGGGGCCUUUUCACGUUUGGGUAAAUUGACAAAAUUGAAAAAAGUUGUUUCAGAUUCGCAAAUUUUCGUUUUAGUUAUGAUAUUUGUGAGAAAACAGUAAUACUGAACAUUUACCAUGCUCUAAAAUAGCCAUUAUAGGCAUCUUUUGACGAUUUAAAAACCAAAAAAUUAUUAAGCGUUGCAACGAGAAACGAAUUAAUAACUUGAAGAGUUCUGUUGUUGUUGUUAUAUCUUGGGGGAUUGCUUAUAUAAAGUAUAAAAUACAUGUAAUAUUGUGUUCGGAAGGAUGGUCGUGUGGUCUUAGUCGUAGUCUUUUUACCCCAGGACUCCAGAGUCAGCUGAGUCCUGCUGAGGGUUAACUUUUGUUUCUUUUUUAAAAUUUAUUCUUGAUUUUUUACUGGAGCUUUUUAUAUCCAAUGUUACCAUUAAUCAAUAUAAAGCAUUUAAUGACAAACUUCAAAACAUGCCAAAAUCUGUGAAAAGGCCCCUUAAGCAAACAAGAACUUAUCUGAUGGCUUAUCCAUUUCCCACUCCGAAGCAAAGUGAAAAUGGCCAUAUGCAAACAGCAUUAAACCCAAACAGCCUGCAAGUUACUCACAGUCUAUUCAGGUUUUAUGCUGUUGAUGCUCAUCAGUAUCUAAAGGUUGGAAAUGAAGCGUUUAAAACUUGAAUCUAGUAAGAAAGGUCUUUAAUUAAAUUUAACUUUCUUAGGGACUACAAAUGCGUCCAAAUAUGUAUCUCAGUGGUUAAGGGUUAUAAUGAACAGUCAGAUAUUUUUUAGAAUCUAACUUUAUGUUUGUAUUAUAUUUCAUUAGUUGGAAACAAGAAUCCCUCAGCAUGGCUUUGAUUUUAUGUGUAAUUUUUAUGCCCCCUUUCGAAGAAAAGGGGGUAUAUAGUUUUCGCACCGUCCGUCUGUAAGUCUGUCUGUCUGUCACACUUUUUGUGUCUGCUCUCUAUUUCAAAUACUUUUCAUCCGAUCUUUACCAACUUGGUCAGAAGUUGUGUCUAGACAAUAUCUAGGUCAAGUUCGAAUAUGGGUCAUGCUGGGUCAAAAACUUGGUCACGGGGUCACUUAGUGCAUUUCAAGGAUUUAGCAUGGUAAAAUGCUCAUAACUUCUAUCAAAGCGUUUAUAGGGGGCAUUUGUCAUUCUAUGGUGACAGCUCUUGUUUUUAUCUAACAUGAAGAGGGUUAGUUUUUCAACCCAUACAUUUGACUUGUGUGUUUUUCGACUAAUUUUAUAUUUACUUAGAUAGCUUAAAGUCAUGCUUUAAGACCAACGCAGUGUGUCAGUGCAUCAAAAAUAUCAAAACGAAUUAAUAUAUAUUUUAUCACAGCUGAUGUCAUAAGAUAUCCAAUACUUUGUAAUUGAACAAUUGAAUAUAAGAUAGCAAUACAUGUACAAUGAAAGUAAAACAAAAGUGUAAUCAGCAUUUUGUUAAUGAAAUGGGGAUGUUCUUUUCAUUUAAUCACUAAAAUUUUACUUUGAAACAUUUUUUUUUUAACCAACCACUGGUUCAAUUUUUUUCCAAUUGAAAAUCAGUAAACCAAAUCAUAAAAAAGUUGCUUAUUUGUACUACAUGCAUUAUUUUUA